ACGGAGCGUACACCUGCAAAUCGAGACAAAUCUCCACCAACAAAGAAACAAACUCCCUCUAAACCACCCACUUCAGAGCCAGCUGAUUUAUUUGAGGCUACUACUGCAGGUGCGAUUAGAGAGUUCAACAUGCUGUUUUCAGAGUUUUCUCAAGCAUUAAGUGAGAGAGCUGCAGCAGAUGCCGCCCAGAUGAAGGAGCUGGACCGCAUUUUGACAGAAGCUAAAAACCUUGAGGCCUACCUGAAGGAGAAGAAAAAGACUCUGAGGCAGACAUUGGAUCUCAUUUCUGAUAAACUGCAGGGUUAA